GAUCUAGGAUGGCAGUGAACAAGGGCCCAGCCUUGCUGGAUGGAGACCUCCCUGAGCAGGAGAACGUGUUGCUCCGGGUCCUGCAGCUGCCCGUGGUGAGCGGCACCUGUGAGUGCUUCCAGAAGACCUACACCAGCACCAAGGAAGCCCACCCCCUGGUGGCCUCCGUGUGCAAUGCCUACGAGAAGGGUGUGCAGGGUGCCAGCAGCCUGGCUGCCUGGAGCAUGGAGCCAGUGGUCCGCAGGCUGUCCACCCAGUUCACAGCUGCCAAUGAACUGGCAUGCCGAGGCCUGGACCACCUGGAGGAAAAGAUCCCAGCCCUCCAGUACCCUCCUGAAAAGAUCGCCUCUGAGCUGAAGGACACCAUCUCCACCCGCCUCCGCAGUGCCAGAAACAGCAUCAGCGUGCCCAUUGCAAGCACUUCAGACAAGGUCCUGGGGGCCACUCUGGCCGGCUGUGAACUCGCCUGGGGGGUGGUCAAGGACACCGCGGAGUACGCAGCCAACACCAGAGCUGGCCGGCUGGCCUCUGGAGGGGCUGACCUGGCCUUAGGCGGCAUUGAGAAGGUGGCAGAGCUCCUCCUCCCUCCCGCCAAGGAAGAGACAGCCCCUGCUGCUGGGUGUCAGCAGGCCCAGAAGGCCCCCAAGACCAAGCCAAGUCUCUCGAGCAGAAUUGGGGCCCUGGCCAACACCCUCUCAAGACACACCAUGCAGACCACAGCCUGGGCGCUGAAGCAGGGCCAUGCCCUGGCCAUGUGGGUUCCGGGUGUGGCACCCAUGAGCAGCCUAGCCCAGUGGGGUGCAUCAGCAGCCAUGCAGGUGGUGUCUAGGCGGAAGAGCGAGGUGCGGGUGCCCUGGCUGUACAACCUGGUGGCUUCCCAGGAGGAGGACCAUGAUGACCAGACAGACACAGAGGGAGAAGAGAUGGAGGAAGAAGAAGGCUCGGACAUCGAGGAGAACAAGCUCAGUGAGGUAGCAGCCCUGCCCAGCCCGCAAGGCCUUCUGGGUGGCGUGGCACACACCCUACAGAAGACACUCCAGACCACCAUCUCGGCCGUGACAUGGGCACCUGCAGCUGUGCUGGACACAGCAGGGAGGAUAUUGCACCUCACACCAGCCAGGGCUGUCUCUUCCACCAAGGCCAGGGCCAUGUCCCUGUCAGAUGCCCUGAAGGGUGUUACUGACAACGUGGUGGACACAGUGGUGCACUAUGUGCCGCUCCCCAGGCUGUCGCUGAUGGAGCCGGAGAGCGAAUUCCGGGACAUCGACAACCCUCCGGCCGAGGUCGAGCGCAAGGGGUCCCGGCCCGCCAGCCCCGAGCCCGCGCCGCGCCCCGCGCCGCCCCGC